AUGGUGGUUGUGCCAGGUAUGGUGCUAAUACGCCCGUACUUGGAGGCUCGAACCUUCGUUCUGUGCACGUGGUUGCUGGAAGCUCAUCCAGCGGAAGAUACGUUCGAUGCUUCAGCUGAAGAUGGUCAGAUCGAUGCCGAGAUGGACACGGUUGAGCCAUCUGGCGAGAGUCGACCUGAGAAAAGUUCAAGCGUUGGAGAUGAAUAUCGAACCUUCGUCCGCUCCAACACUAAUGCAGAUGUUACCAUGAGUACCGCCCGGCUGAACGAGGUGGUGGAAGCUGCGCCUGGUACUGAUGAUGAAAAGCUUCUCUUCCGUCGCCAAUUUCUUCGCAAGCAUAUUUUCACUAAGGAGUGUGAUACCAAUAUGAUCUCAUACCCUAUGCACGUGGCCGCUGAAAGCAACAUUAUCUCAGUAAGCAACCGGACUGAGGAUGCUGAGGGGCAGUUCAACCACCGCAAGAGGCGCACGAUGCUUCGGUUGAAGAUGACCAUCUCGAUAUCGAGAUGGCUACGGCUGGAUGACAUGGGACUUGUCGAGUCUAUUUUGUCUGGUGGUCAGACACCCAGGAACACCGUUGCUUUCACCGAUCUGCAGCAAGUCCCAUCACCUGCCACCCCACUUGAGGGCAAUGAUGCAACGAGCGACAUCUGGGCGGUGGUGCCCGAAGCACACCAGUUGGAUGAUGAGUUGCAUUUUUGCAAGAUCGGAGGCUUCAAGUGGAUGCGGGUACCUGUCGAUAAAGCUCACACCUCAUCGCGGUGCUGGAAUCUAGUAGCCCUGUGGCGAAGCUAA